AUGCUGGCCUUCAUCACGCCCGUGACAUCAAAAAAUGCUACUGCCAGCAGCAUCAACACGGCAACAGGUGUGGGGACGCCCAACCGUGUAGCCCAUUGUACCGAGGACGAACGGUAUUGUAUCAAGCAAGCCUUGGCACCAAUGCCAACAACGAUCUCGCACCAGAUCAUUGCAAAAUCAACCGAUGUACAGAACUUUGAUCGGCACCGUAUAUGA